CUGCAGGACAGCAUGAGAACCAGCCACCCUGAGCCGGAGGCCAGGGCACCCCGGAGCCACCCCCCACAGCCACUGUCGCAGAGCUCUUUCAACCUGCUAGGUGAAGGCCCUGGGCAGAGACCGGACGUCCACAAGAGUGCCAGCAGCACUGUGUGGCAGGCCCAGCUGGAUAAGGCCAGCAUUGUCCCCCGGGCCCUGGAGGAAGAGGGGCGCCAGACUGAGAGCAUGGAGCAGGCUCAUCCCUCUAGCUCCUGGCCACAGCCUGGAGCUGUGGGCCAUUGGCAGACCAGAACUGUGGGCAAUGUGUCUGCAGUAAGUGGUGAUGACCUGUGUUGCUUGCAGACCCCCAGCACUGCUGCUGUACAGAGGAGCCACUCAGACCUGGUCCACAGUGCCCAGACUCAGGGGCACAGUGGGAUUUGGAAGGCCAGUCUCAGCUGCUCAGCCCUUAGUGGCUCACCCAUUAAAAGAACUCCUGGCAUCACUUCUGGCCAGCAUGGUCAGUCCCCUGCAGGCUUGGAGAGGGACAUGACACCUGAGCACAGGGGAGCCUCCAGAACUGUGGGGACCUCAAACACAGCCUGGACUCUGGGGGAGAGUCAGAUGUGUGUGGCACCAGUUGAUCUGGGGGGCAUAACUGCCCACAGAAAGAGUCCUAAGUCCAGACUCAAAGCCACUGGACAGCUGGCCACCACCUCCUGUCAUGCUCUACCCCCAGAAGCUGACCUUUGUGACACAAGGGAUAUAGGAAUCAGUAGCCAUUGCCAAGCCCUAUGGGACACAGAAAUCCUGGCGUUUCCCAAGCUGAUGGCCUCAGUGAGUGAGUCUGGGCUACAGGCUCAACACAAGGUGAAGUUCCACUGCAGGCUGCCUGGAGGCCUUCCUGGGUACUCCCACUGCUAUGCCCACCCUUGGAGUCCCAGCAGGUUAGCCACAGAGCCUGGUGCCAGAACCAAAGAUGUAUGGACCAUGACUUCAGCCAGUGACUUGGCAUCCCCUCCAGCAGCCCAGGAUGCCGCCGUGCAGGCAGUUCCCAUGGCAACCUGCAAGGCUGUGGCCACCAGUCCACCGCUGGAAGCGCCUGUGGCCUUGCACAUGCUCCCAGAAAUGACCCUGGGGCACAGCCUGGAGGAGGCACCAUCCCCAGUGCAGGAGGUACGGUGGGACACAGAGGGCAUGACAUGGGAGGUGUAUGGGGCUGCCAUGGACCCUGAGGUACUGGGCGUGGCCAUCCAGAAGCACCUGGAGAUGCAGUUUGAGCAGCUGCAUCAGACACCCACCAGUAAGGACAGCCUGUCCACGGAGGGCCACAGAGGGCCACUGCAAGCUGUCAUGCAGUCCCUGCGAUGCCCCAGUUGCUGUGGCUGCUCCAGUGUGGCCCCUGAGUGA